AUGUCACCCCUGGCCACUGCCCUGCGUGGGGCUGGAGUGUGGAGUGGGCGCAUCAGUUACAAUAACAUGUUUGAGAUGCUGAAACACAUGUCCCCACCCCUGAGGCUGGGGGAGAAUUGCCCUGCUCGAGUUGCAUACAAGCUCCUGGUUCGCAUGAACAUGCCCAUCUCCAAUGAGGACAUGACCGUCCACUUCACGUCCACGCUGAUGGCCCUCAUUCGGACUGCACUGGAGAUCGAGCUGACUCCAGCCGGCACCAAGCAGCAUCAGUGUGAUGCAGAGUUGAGGAAGGAGAUUUCCUCUGUGUGGGCCAAUCUGCCCCAGAAGACCCUGGAUUUACUGGUGCCACCCCAUAAACCCGAUGAGAUGACCGUAGGAAAGGUUUAUGCAGCUCUGAUGAUAUUUGACUUCUACAAACAGAACAAGACCUCCAGAGCCCAGAUUCACCAGGCCACGGGAGGCCUGUCCCAGAUGGGCCCUGUGUCCCUGUUCCACCCUCUGAAGGCCAUGCUGGAGCAGACACAGCUGGCUGUGCUCCGAGGAGCCUGGGUUUUCCUUCAGCAGAAGAGCUCUGCAUCCCUCAGCAACGGCGGGGCCAUACAAACCCAGGAGAGUGGCAUCAAGGAGUCUGUUUCCUGGGGUACUCAGAGGACCCAGGAGGUACCCUAUGAGGCAAGGACACCCCUGGAGUGUGGCCACUCUACAGAGAUCCUGGUGCAGCCAGGAAAACUGGCUGUGGACGUCCAGAUGCAGAGCAUGGCCCUGAGAGGUCCUGACGGGGAGCCCCAACCUGGACUUGAGAACCAGGGCCGAGCGGCCUCCAUGCCUCGCCCGGCUGCAGAGACUCAGCCGGCCCCCAACGCCAGCCCCAUGAAGCGCUCCAUCUCCACACUGGCGCCCCAGCGUCCCCACGUGGCUCAUCUCUGCAGCGCUGCCCUGGACCGUGCCCCAGCCAGCCAGGCUGCGCCCCAUCACCACCACCGCUGCCAUUGCCGCAGGGACAGGAAGCAGAAGUCCUUGGAGAAGGGGCCCAGCCUCGCAGACACAGAUGGCGCACCCAGCAGUGCUUCAGGGCCAGGCCCACCCCCAGGAGAGGGGCCCACAGGCUGCCGGAGGGAGCGCAGACAGGAGCGGGGCCGGUCCCAAGAGUGGAGGCAGCCCUCUUCCUCUUCCUCGGAGAAGCAGCGUUUUUACUCCUGUGACCGCUUUGGGGGCUGGGAACCCUUGCAGCCCAAACCCUCCCUCAGCAGCCACCUCACGUCACCAACAGCUGGGCAGGAGCCAGGACCCCUGAGACCGUUGGGUGGUGGUUCAGUGAAUGGGAGCCCCUUGUUGCCAACAUCCGGUGCUAGCACCCCUGGCCGUGGUGGGCGGAGGCAGCUCCCCCAGACUUCGCUGACCCCCUGUCCCAGUGUCACCUACAAGAUGGGAUCUUUGCCUGUCCACUUUGUUGGGGCACAGAGCAGCCUCCCCACCUUUUCCCCGGGCCGGCUUAGCCGUGUCAUUUCCGAACACAACGCUCUGCUCCAGAGAGACCCCCUCAGCCAGCCCCUGGCCGCCAGCUCUAGGAUCAGCUCUGACCCUUACUUGGGGCAGCGUCUGGACAGUGAGAACACUGCCCGCACCCAGCCCGAAGAUACGCUUACCCUCGAGGAGGCUGUGGCCACCAACUCAGGCCGCUCCUCCCGGACUUCCUAUGUGUCCUCUCUGACCUCCCAGUCGCACACCCUCCGCUGCGUGCCCAACGGCUACCACUGCACUCUGGGGCUCAGCUCGGGUGGCCGGGUUCGGCAUAGCUACCACCACCCCGACCAAGACCACUGGUGCGAGCUGCACCUCUGCUGCACGCCUGCUCAGCGG